UCUUUUCUCUCUCCCUUCGAACCUCACAGUUACCAAAGUCCAGCUUCAAGAUGUGGGAGUUCUGCGUGAGGAGGGUUCUCCACCUGCUCUCUGCCUCCCUCUUCACCAGCUGUGUGGCUGGGACUGGGGCUCCCCCUCCCACUGUAAACGGAGCUCGGGGACACUCGGUCUCCUUCCCUCCCGGGAUCCCAGUCGGACCGGACGUUGCUGAGGUUGAGUGGAGUCGGACAUCACCCAGAACCAGGAUAGUGAAGUACUCGAAGGGGCACAUUGAAUACUUCGGUUCUGAGGAGUACAAGCGACAGGUAACUCUUCAUCCCGGGGACUUCAGUCUGGAAAUCCGUGAUCUACGGAGGGAGGACGCUGGUGAAUAUGAGGUGAAUGUUGCAGCAAGUUCAGGAGCUGAAACUCUGGGGACAGUCCGACUGGAGGUGUACGAGCCCGUGUCAGGAACACACAUCACGGUUCAGAACAUCACCGGGACCUGCAACCUCACCCUGACCUGCUCCUUGACCUCAGGUGACCCCACCAGCUUCAGGUGGUGGAGGGGACGAGAAGCUGUAGGAAACGACACCACCCAUCACCUCUGGGAACACGGAGAGACGGUAGAGAUUCAUCACACAGCAGAGGUGGAGGACGUUGUGUACAGGUGUGAGGCCAGGAACCCCGUCAGUGAGGGCACGGCACAGAUCCGGCUGUGGGACGUCUGUAAACUGCACACACCUGCUGCGACUGAGAUUCCCUCUCACACUGUGAAUGGAACUCUGAGACGCGCAGUCUCCUUACCGGGUAUCGCAGCCGGACCAUCUGUUGCUAUGGUUGUGUGGAGCUGGAUAUCAAACGGAACCAGGAUAGCGGAAUACUCAAAGGGGCACAUUACAUACUUCGGUUCUGAGGAGUACAAGCGACGGGUAACUCUUCAUCCCGAGAACUUCAGGCUGGAAAUCCGUGACCUACGGAGAGAGGACGCUGGUGAUUAUGAGGUGACUGUUACAGCAGGUUCAGGAGCUGAAAAAAAAAUGAGAAUCCGACUGGAGGUGUCCGCUGCAGAACCAGGAUUGGCGUGGUGGGCGAUACUACUGAUCCUGAUGGCUGUGGGCAUCAUCUUUGCCGUUCUUGUGUUGUGUUGGAAGAGGUGUGGGAGAGACCGCGUUCAGACCACUGAACACAUCCCCGUACCCUGUGUUCUCCCCCCACAGUCCGGUGGGAUCCAGUAAUCACAAACAGCCCCGGACAGAACACAAACGGUGAGCAGCAGAAAUGACCCGGCUGGGGUGGUGGGGCGGGAACGGACUCUCACAGACCAUCACUGUCACCCUGCAGUGGGAUCCUGGGGUCAAGUAGUUCCAGGGAGACAGAACUGGGAGCUACACGGCAGUGCUGUAACCAAACAUCCAGACACUCAAAUAUCCCAGAAUAGAGACACCCAGUUACUGGAGCACGCAGUCCCCCAUACACCCAGUCACUGGGUUACACUAUCCCCCACACAGCCAAUCACUGGGGUACAUUGUCCCCCACAUCCAGUCACUGGGGUGACUGACUGAACUGAGCCACACAAAAACUAUAGCUGGGAGAUAUAAAAGUUUUUAUUCAACAUGGCAGAUCUUCCGGAGAGAAUCUCAUUUUUCUUUAACACAAAGACAAGAAUAAAUAAUGAAGUAAUUUCAAUUGCUAUAAUCACCUACAGAACUUCAGUAUUUUGAAUGUAGACAGGUAACUUUCCAGAAUUACAUAUAUACAAAGGCAGCACUUCCCAACUAGCAGAACUGCUUUGAAUAUUCAAUACUGGUGGCUGGUCCGAAAGCUUCUGAGCACAAAAUCCAGACACCCAAAAUGGACCUCUCUUGUUACAGUGCCGAGGAAUGGCUCCCUGAAUAGCCAGAAUAUUAACUGACAAAACAGACCUGUCCUGAACUGUGCAUUGUGGCAGGGAUACACCUUUAACAAUGUGAUAAUACAGGAGAUGGCCACUUAAUGCCUUCCCUGAUCUCAUCCUGUAGUUUUCCAUAGAACCAUAGAACAAUACGGCACAAUACAGGCCCUUCGGCCCACAAUGUUUAACUGCCCUUCAAACCACACCUAAGACUAUCUAACCCCUUCCUCCCACAUAUCCCUCGAACUUAAAUUCCUCCAUAUGCUUAUCUAACAAUCUCUUGAACUUGUCCAACGUAUCAGCCUCCACCACCACCCCAGGCAGCACAUUCCAUGCACCAACCACUCUCUGGGUGAAAAACUACCCUCUGACAUCACCCUUGAACAUCCUACCCAAUACCUUAAAGCCAUGUCAUCUUCUUUUAAGCAUUGGCGCCCUGGGAAAGAGGUGCUGGCUGUCCACUCUAUCUAUUCCUCUCAAUAUCUUGUAUACCUCUAUCAUGUCUCCCCUCAUCCUCCUUCUCUCCAAUGAGAACAGCCCAAGCUCCUUCAGUCUCUCCUCAUAAUCCAUUCUCUCUAAUCCAGGCAGCAUCCUGGUAAACCUCCUCUGCACCCUUUCCAACGCCUCCACAUCCUUCCCAUGAUGAGGCAAUCAGAACUGGACAGAGUCCUCUAACUGUGGCCUAACCAGAGUUUUGUAAAGCUGCAUCAUUACUUCACUGCUCUUAAACUCGACCCCCGACCUAUGAAAGCUAACAUCCCACAAGCUUUCUUAACUACCCUAUCCAUCUGUGAGACAACUUUCAAUGAUCUGUGGAUAUGAACCCCCAGAUCCCUCUGCUCCCCUCCACUGCCCAGAAUCCUGCCAUUUACAUUGUACUCCGCCUUGGAGUUUGUCCUUCCAAAAUGUACUGCCUCACACUUCUCUGGAUUGAGCUCCAUCUGCCACUUGUCAGCCCAGCUCUGCACCCUAUCAAUAUCCCUCUGCAAGCUUCUGCAGCACUCCACACUAUCCACAACACCACCGAUCUUUGAGUCAUCUGCAAACUUGCUAACCCAGCCUUCCACCCCCUCAUCUAAGUCAUUAAUAAAUAUCACAAAAAGUAGAGGUCUCAGAACCGAUCGCUGCAGGACACCACUAGUCACAGCCCUCCAAUCCGAAUGCACUCCCUCCACCACAACCCUCUGCUUUCUACAUGCAAGCUAAUUUUGAAUCCACCCGGCCAAGCUUCCCCGGAUCCCUUGGCAUCUGACCUUCUGAAGAAGCCUACCAUGUGGAACCUUGUCAAACACCUUACUAAAAUCCAUGUAGACCACAUCCACCGCACUACCCUCAUCAACCUUCCUGGUCACCUCCUCAAAGAACCCUAUCAGGCUUGUGAGGCAAGAUCUUCCCUUCACAAAGCCAUGCUGACUGUCCCUAAUCAGUCCAUGUUUCUCCAAAUGCUCAUAGAUCCUAUCUCUUAGAAUCAUUUCCGACAGCUUACCCACCACAGAUGUAAGGCUCACCCGUCUGCAAUUCCCUGGACUAUCCCUACUACCUUUUUUGAAUAAGGGGACAACAUUCGCCACCCUCCAGUCUUCAACGGCGCCACGAGUUUCGGUCAAGCUAUAGAGAUCCCGAGACAGCUAUCACACCUUUUGUCUUAGUAUAAUUGAGUUAUAACCAAGGCAUUCAAAGGCAGGUAUCACCCUUCAUUGUUCAGACCAAGUAUUCACCUCGAUGUUAAUUACUCUCAGUAUCGCCACCGUCUGACAUAUUGGAAUGGUUCGUUACCCGAAACAAAGGCAGUUAACAUACUUAACAUUCCAACCUAACUAGUGGGUCAGCAGCUUGCUUGUCCUUGCUAAAGAAAUAUAAGUGCAUAUAUAUAUAUUUUGUUUGCCAGUUAUAAGUAUGGUUGCAAUUCUUAACCCUUCACUUCCUCAUUCGCUCCUUUUUAUCAUUUUAUGAUAAACUAGAGCGGCGCUGAGAAUGAAGCCAACAGCUCAUUAAUAAGGACCUUGCAACAGGUAUUUAGACAGGCCAGCACCACACAGCAUACUAUUAUAAUCACUAUUAGUCCCACAGCUCCAUGCAGCAGGUAUGAUGCCCACGACCCUCCUGGCAGUCACCUCAACCAACUUGUCCUUCCUGUAAAUCCCUGUCUAAAGCUACCUACUUGUGUCUAAAUGUCCUGAAUAGCAUGGGAGAUGUUGUAAGACUCAUCUUUCACGUUGGUGAUACAUCUGUCCCCAACUAUAGCACAUACUCCUCCUUGCUGAGCCAGCUGGUAGUCCACAGCAUACCGGGUCUGCUGGGCAUAAAGUCGAAGCUCUGCCAGUUCCCGGUUCACCGCCUUCAGGCCCUCCAUAGUACUGUUUCCCAGUGCAGCCAGUCCACAAAUAAGGUAGUUCCGGUUUUUUGCAGCUAUAGUUCCUGCCAAACCCCCCAGAGAGAGAGUACUCAGGAAUCCAUGGCCUAGCGAUGCUAAGUGAGAUCCCAAUGACAUAGGAUCCCUCCAAUCCUCACAGAACUCCUCACUAACUGACCGCACCACAAGUCUUCGUCGGACAUGAGCCUUCUGGGGGCAGGGGACCGUGACCGGCCCGAUCGUUCCUAUUGCAAACCAGGCUGGCAGAGUGGGGGUGGCUGUUGUGUAAGUGACACUAAAGAGGAACACAUACCCUUCCUUAGCCCGGUAGCAGGUUACAUCUCCCGAUUGCCGUGGACUAGGCAUUUGAGACUACCAAGAGAUCCCAGCAACAUUUCUCCCAUGUUCCCUCAGGUAAUUCUCCCUGGUUAGCCAUUCUAAAGAGACAUUAGACAAUCUCACGUGGGUCUCGUUCCCUUCUCCACAAACCCAUCGCUCUCCUGCAAGUAACGUAGCACACCUAGUGGCAGCGCACUCACAGCUAAACCAUCCCCCUUUAAACCCGCAAUUCCUCUCGGUACAGGUAGUGGUGGCACAUGCUAUCAUAUGCUGUACAAUCGCUAGCCCACAACCCCACCCUAUGCCGGUGAAGCUGUGGGUGAAGGACUGGUGGUGGGCUGUACUAUUAGGUCCUGUUACUGUUCCCUGCAAGCAUUUACCCGGUAGUACCCUCCUGUAAGUUCCCGUCUGCCUAACACACUUUGUUUUUGAAAAUUCAUACUUUAAGAGGACACUGGGGCUCCAGCUUGGCGUGGCUACAAAAAGGCCUUACACUGACUCUGCCAAGGGGUAACAAACGGUGCGAUUCCCAUGUAGCUGCAUAUGUAUUUUGGAAAACAAAUUAUCCUCUAACACCCACACAAGAGUACUAGUAAUGGUGAGGAGUCCGAAUUUAAAAAGUAUUAUCUUUCCUCCGGUGGCCAUCAUUUACAGUCACUCAGAUGAAUCCAGCGUUCCUGGCCUUUUACUUUCAUGGCUGUCGGUGUUUGGAGUAGUAUCUGGAAGGGGCCUUUCCACCGAGGUCCCAGUUUAGGGCGCUCCCAAUCCUGUAUCAGUACCGAGUCUCCGAUUUCCAGGUCAGGCAAUUCCGUGUUCUGCCCUUCAGGUGGUUUGAAGGCACUCUCCACCUGUGAAUGAAGAAACUUUAAAGAGGAUGUAAGUUGUCUGAAAUACCUUUGUAGUUCAUCCCCCAUGAUAUUAAUAUCAACCUGUGUCGGGGGUGGGGGGGGUUUGGUGGCAGCGUCCCAUGGGGUUCUUCCCGGACGCCCAUAGACGAUUUCGGCAGCCGAUACCCCGGUGGCCGAGUGGGGGGGUGAUUCUCAUUUGGUAUAAUGCUAAGGGGAGAACCUUCAACCAGUUUAGACCUGUCUCUGACACUAACUUGGUUAGUUUAUUCUUGGGUGCUGUUAGCUCUCUCUACUACACCCGCUGCUUGAGGGUGGUAGGUGCAGUGGAACUGCUGUUCGAUAUGCAGUGCCUCGCACAAUUCCUUAUUUACUUUCCCUAUGAAGUUGGGGGCCAUUGUCAGAACUUAUCCAUCGGGGUACCCCAGAUAACCUCUGUAAGCAAUAACUUUACCACCGUUGAGGCCUUACUGUUGGUGGUUGGAAAAGCUUCAAUCCAUCUACUAAAUGCAUCAGCAAUAACAAGACAGUACUUGUAACAAUGUACACGCGGUAAUUCAAUAAA